AUGGAGAAGUCUGAAUAUUCCGAAAAUACAGUUGCGAAGAAGCUCAGCGGGGAGGAUCCUGAGAUUCAACAAGGUGGUCUGAACGAUCCUAAUCAUGUCGAGCUCACUCGCGCCCUCAAGGCGAGACAUAUUACUAUGAUUGCUAUUGGUGGUGCCAUUGGUACUGGGUUGAUUAUUGGAACGGGAGAAGCUCUUGCCAAGGCAGGCCCCGGCGCAAUCCUCAUCUCCUACGCGUGGGUCGGUUUCAUCGUAUACCUGGUCAUGUGUGCUCUGGGAGAAAUGGCAGCCUGGCUACCUCUGCCAUCUGGGUUCACUGGUUAUGCGGUUCGAUUUGUGGACCCUGCGCUUGGCUUUACGCUCGGGUGGACAUACUGGUUCAAAUAUAUCAUUCUCUCGCCGAAUCAAAUGACUGCCGGAGCACUGGUUAUCUCAUAUUGGAUACCGCCCGAAAAGGUGAAUCCCGGAGUAUGGAUCACCAUAUUCCUAAUACUGGUGGUGGCGAUCAACUACUUCGGCGUGAAAUUUUUCGGUGAAUUUGAGUUCUGGCUCUCAUCAUUCAAAGUGAUCGUCAUCCUCGGCAUAAUACUACUAUCCUUCAUUCUUAUGCUGGGCGGGGGACCCGAUCACGAUCGCAAAGGCUUCCGCUACUGGAAAAACCCAGGCGCUUUCAACCACUACGUGAUGGAAGGUCCACCGGGACGCUUCCUCGCCUUUUGGUCAACGAUGGUCUCAGCCACAUUCGCCUACCUAGGCACAGAGCUAGUCGGCGUAACAGUCGGCGAAGCUCAAAACCCACGCAAGACAAUUCCCAAAGCGAUCAAACUCACCUUCUACCGAAUUCUGGUCUUCUACGUCCUCAGCGUACUCCUUGUCGGCACCUUGGUCCCCUACAACUCCCCUAAACUCCUAUUCGCUCUAGGAGACAAGAACAAAGCCAAAGGCUCCGCCGCUGCCUCCCCCUUCGUCGUCGCCAUCGAACUAGCCAACAUCCCCGUCCUCUCGCACAUCCUCAACGCCUGUAUCCUGCUCUUCGUCUUCUCAGCUGCAAACUCAGAUCUCUACAUCGCAACCCGCACAAUCUACGGCCUCGCCCGCGAAGGCAAAGCCCCCAGGAUUUUCGCCCGCACAGACCGCCGCGGCGUCCCCGUCCCAGCCCUCGCCAUCUCCUCCAUCAUCGCCCUACUGGCCUACAUGAAUGUCAGCGGCGACUCCCGCGUUGUCUUCAAGUACUUCGUCAACCUAGUCACCAUCUUCGGCCUCCUAACCUGGAUCUCGAUCCUAGUGACGCACAUCUACUUCGUGCGCGCACGCAAAGCACAAGGCGUGCCGGAGGAAAGUCUCGCAUACAAAGCGCCGCUCGGAGUCGCGGGGUCGUACUUCGCGCUUGGCUUCUGCAUCCUCAUCUCGCUGACGAAAAACUAUGAUGUUUUUAUUCAUAAGCCGGCUUCGUACGGCGACUUCGAUUACAAAAAUUUUAUCACUGCGUACCUCGGUAUCCCGCUUUAUUUGAUUAUGAUUGCCGGUUAUAAGAUCGUUACGCGGUGCAAAGGGGUUAGUCCGCUGGAGGCGGAUCUGUUCUCUGGGAAAGAUGAGAUUGAUCGCGAGGAGGCGGCGUAUCUUGCUGCUAAGGAGGCUGAUGCGGAGAGGAAUGCGGAUUCCGGAUGGUUCUAUAGGAAGUUUGUUUCGUGGCUUUUCUGA